GAUUACAUCCAGCUUGUUAUCACUAGCUUGUUAUCUGCCAAUCGCAACAAUUCUACCUUCGUCCUUGAUCUACAACAGCUUGUUAAAAUUUCUGAGAAUUCCAGCCAUGGAGUACAGAAGAAGUUCCAUGGUUAUGAAUCGAAAGCAACAAGCUAGUACAAACCCUCAGAUAUAUGCUAGCUUCGCCGGUGCUGGUGUCCCCCGGACUUCGAAUGGAAUCUUAGACGACAUGCCUACAAUGUGGUGGGAUGAGGAAAGAAUCCAAAGCACUGUUACACGACAAUUUGUAUCAUCAAAACUACGUCCAGACGAGCAAGAGCGUCUAGACGAGCCGUUAGGUUUUGGCGACGGCUUGACCGAUGACACGUAUAUGGAGUGGAUUGAAGAGAAAGCCCAAAAAAUAUUUUUGAUCUUGGUGGAACUGGGUGUGCCAGAUCAAAUAUUUGGAGUCAUCGACGAUUCUUGGGGUGAUGAUGAUUUACCAAUACCCAUGGACCAAGUUGGGAGGCUACAAUUGACCUACGACAGGAACGAAAAGUUGGAAAAGAAGUUUUUCCAGCGCCAGUUCAACUACCUGCUUAGAUACAUUGCUAAAGGCGAACAUAUUUACUACGAUGAUGUAGAAGUGGUACCGCUAGAGCCAGUAGAGAAAAGACCCGCUAGAUCAGUAACCAGUCUUCUGCCGAACAGUGUUGACAAAGUCCAUUUACCUGGUAGGCCAGACACUGUCUUUCUACGCCGACGUGUACUCUUGGGCACUUCGCCAGAACGAAUGCUACAUGAGGAAUUUCUCUCUGGUAUUCAAGCAAUGAAAGGGGUUGAACAUACACAUUUCACUUCCUUAUGGGCGUCUUAUAUACACCAGGAUAAAGGCUACCUACUCUUGACCCCGGCAAACGUCAACUCACUCAAAUCCUUUCUCACAAUAAUACCUCAAUCUUUCAAGAUUUUAGCCAAGCAGGAUCGCCGUAUUCUCAUUCUAAACUGGCUUCAUUGCCUAGCCGGUGCUCUGUCUUUUCUCCAUAAAACUGGCCUUUCACAUCGUAACAUAAAACCCUCAAAUGUGAUGCUCGACCUUGACAAUCAUAUAUUUCUAGGCGAUUCUGGAGUUUUCCCUACACAGCUCUCAGCCGGGGAGAAAGGAGGAUUUGAUAAAGAGACCUACGAUUACUCUGCUCCAGAACAGCAUCAUUAUACAGCAGCUUCUACAUCCAGCCUCCCCAAUACCCGGCUAGAGUCAUCGCGACCACCGGCCUCUAGUCGGUCAGCUCGUAUCCCGAGUGAGUCUUUGUUUCAAACCGCUUCAAUUUCCUUGGGAAAUGAUUCUUCGUCAAUCUAUACCACUUCAACUAGCUCACAGUCAGAAGGCUCAGGUCCGACGCAGACCAAGAUACAGAGCAGAGUUGGCAGACAUGACCCCCAAAAAGCCGACAUAUUUGCUUUAGGAGCCAUUUUUAUCGAAAUUACAACGUUUCUUAUGAAGCGAGCCACAAGGAAUUUUGCCUCUCACCGAUCAUCUAAGAACAAAACUCCGGGUCGCGGUGGUGGAAUGCCAGAUUCCAGCUUUCAUAAAAACUUGGCGCAAGUCGACAGCUGGAUGAAUACGCUUCUCAAAGACGCAACAAAAAAAGAGGACAGAAUCUUUCGAGGCGUUUCUCAAUUGAUUGCGAUUUCUCAAAGAAUGCUCUCGCCCGAGCCAGAUGAAAGACCAUCAGCAACUGAAGUCCAAGAGAGAAUAUACGCCAUUUUGACAGAAAAUUGUGGCUUGAGAGUUAAUUCUGAAGAAAGCAAUACAGAGAGAGGAGAAAUACACUGCGAAACUCGAAUUACUGAAGAUCAGUGGAACUUUGGAUUCGAUCAAUUGCGCCUAGCAAGUCAGAGAGCCGCGGCAGAAGCGUGCGCUUCGGUGGCGGGUGAUACGAUGGCAAAUCUACCGCUUGGAAAUGGAGGUGUUAUAUAUGGCGUGGAAAGAGUAGCAACGGUAGUGAAUAAUGGAGUUCCUUUGUCGUCAAUGGGAGGACGAGAGGGAGAUCGCGUUAGUAUCAAUACGAAAACUAGUAGUGGAAAAAGUAGCGAGGGAAAAGGUAAAGGUGCUGGAGAGGGAAAAGCAAGACCUAAAGCUAAGGCUUGGCAAGCUCCUGUCUAUGCUGAGCUUAGCUUCGGCUAACAACCCCCUUUUAUUGCUGAAUCACCAGCGAUGCUCGAUUGUGAAUUGUGACUGUUGGAACACUCCGGACGAGAAGAAUGAUGCAACGAAUGAACAAUGAGAUUCAAUAGUGGAAACGGAUGUGCUGGAGAGGUAAGUUUAAUACAAAUGGUGUGGAAAUACUUAAUACAUGUGAACACUGCUGGCAAUGGAUAGGCUAGUGCGAUAAACUUUAUUUUCGGGAGUUUUCUUUGGUUCUUUGGAAGUGUUCUGGCAGCAUUAAUGAACCAAAAGGGAAUUGAAUGCGAUAUGAGAUGAUAUGAUAUAAUGACAUGCGACACGACACAGUUAUUCAGAUGGGGACUAUUAUUUCAUACAAUGUCUUUCUUUGUAGUAUAUAGCAGCCAGCUUCUACGUAACUAUUCAAACUAUAUAAUAGGAUUCGGAUGGAGACAAUUGUACUAUAAUAUACACUGAGAAGGAUCAAAAUAACAUGUCUUGAGAUCUCA